GGUACCUGGAUAAAAGGACCCAAUGCCCUCUGUCCCGACUUUCCUCCCGGGCCCUCCCGUCCUUAGCCACAAUGAUCUUGGUCCUUGGGCUCCUCUGUAUCCUAGUUGCCCCUGGAGCUUCCAGCUCCAAUCGGACGACAUGCCUGUCCUGCUCCGACCCGGGAAAGUGCCACGAGAUCACGUGCUCCCUGAACCAGAGCUUCUGCCUUCUCAACUACUCCGGCUCCGACAAAGAACUCUUGAAGAACCUCUGCAUGGAUAAGCAGACUUGCUGGGAUUAUGUGCACCAGCUGAACAAUAUGUCCCAUACCAACGUCUCCUGUUGCCAAGGAAACUGCUCAGAACCCACCACCACCUCAGGGGAACACAAGAACACCACCUGUUUCUCCUGCCCAGACUCUGGGCCCUGCCACAGCUUCCUCUGUCCUGCCGGGAAGGACACCUGCCUCAGCAUGGUGGAGGCCCAAGGUGACUUUCGGGGGAAGGACAAGCCUGUCUUCAGAAGGCAGGGCUCCUGCGUGGCGCCGGGGGACUGCCGGCCCGGGGUUUACAGCCUGUCUUACAGCCCCAGCUGGAGCUUCUGGGCGAAUGUCACCUGCUGCAGCGGCGGCCACUGCGGUGAGCCCUCCCAGCCAGAGUCCCUGCCGAAGGGUACCGCCAGUGACUUCCUGUGUCCCGUCUGCUCCCCAAACGAGCCCUCCUGUGAUGAAAACUCAUACAUGCUCUGCUCUCGAGGAGAGACUUCUUGUGUUAGCGUGAACGUGGCUCAGCUCGGAGGGAAUCAGAGAAGCCUCUUCCGAGGGUGCGGCUCGAAGGACCUCUGCCAGCUGCCCGAGAACCUCACCCUGGGUCUGGACUACCAGCUUGUCGGGAAGCCCAACUGCAGCUCCUCCCGGCGGGCCGUGCUGGGCUCCAAGUGCCGGCACAACGCAGCCGCUGGCCCUGGGGGAGGCGCUCUCCUCCCGGCCCUGCUGGCCGCGGGGAUGGCCGCUUGGCUGGCCUAAGCCUUCCCACCACCCUCCCCAGCCCAGCUAGGAGCAGCCGCCUGUUCUGACAGCAGGGGCUCACCUCGAGUCUAGAAUCCUUCAGAGCCUGCUGGGACAAACCCCAGCUCGGAGGACCCCGCCCCAAAUCUCAGAACCCCGAGGCGUGCACAGCAGCCAAUAAAUUAUACAUCGGUCAGUUUCCUCAAA